ACCUCCGGUUCUAGGUGUCAUGGCUGCCUCGAGAGUCUAGUACGAGUUUGCACCUGGUGGGGAGGGUCGGAAGCCCACACCCGGAAACCUAGCGAAAUAAGGUUGCGUCUUGGUUGGCGAGACGACAGUUUCUCCGAUUCCUCGGCGAUGGCGGCAUCUGGGAAUGGUAUGGCCCAGAAAACGUGGGAAUUGGCCAACAACAUGCAGGAAGCCCAGAGUAUCGAUGAAAUCUACAAAUACGACAAGAAACAGCAACAAGAAAUCCUGGCGGCGAAGCCCUGGACUAAGGAUCACCAUUACUUUAAGUACUGCAAAAUCUCAGCAUUGGCUCUACUGAAAAUGGUGAUGCAUGCCAGAUCCGGAGGCAACUUGGAAGUGAUGGGCUUGAUGCUGGGAAAGGUGGAUGGUGAAACCAUGAUUAUUAUGGACAGUUUUGCUUUGCCUGUAGAGGGCACUGAAACCCGAGUAAAUGCUCAGGCUGCCGCAUAUGAGUACAUGGCCGCAUAUAUAGAAAACGCCAAACAGGUUGGCCGCCUUGAAAAUGCAAUUGGCUGGUAUCAUAGCCACCCUGGUUAUGGCUGCUGGCUUUCUGGGAUUGACGUUAGUACUCAAAUGCUCAAUCAGCAGUUCCAGGAACCAUUUGUAGCAGUGGUAAUUGACCCAACAAGAACAAUAUCUGCAGGGAAAGUGAAUCUUGGAGCCUUUAGGACAUACCCAAAGGGCUACAAACCCCCUGAUGAAGGCCCUUCUGAGUACCAGACUAUCCCACUUAAUAAAAUAGAAGACUUCGGUGUACACUGCAAACAAUAUUAUGCCUUAGAAGUCUCAUAUUUCAAAUCCUCUUUGGAUCGCAAAUUGCUUGAGCUUUUGUGGAAUAAAUACUGGGUGAAUACGCUGAGUUCUUCUAGCUUGCUUACUAAUGCAGACUAUACCACUGGUCAGGUGUUUGAUUUGUCUGAAAAAUUAGAACAAUCAGAAGCCCAGCUGGGACGAGGGAGUUUCAUGUUGGGUUUAGAAGCACAUGAUCGAAAGUCAGAAGACAAACUUGCCAAAGCCACUAGAGAUAGCUGUAAAACUACCAUAGAAGCUAUCCAUGGAUUGAUGUCUCAGGUUAUUAAGGAUAAACUGUUUAAUCAAAUUAACAUCUCUUAAACAGUCACUGAGUUGUACUUUUGCCUGACUGAAAGCCAGUAUGAGAAAAAUACUCAAGUAAAACUUUAAAAACCAGGUACCAAAAAUCUGAUUAGAAGUAUAAGGUGCUCUGAAGUGUCCUGAAUAUUCACAUCCUUUAAUAAAGCUCCUUCAAAUGAAA